UCGUCUUGUGGCGUCUGUCAGCUCAGAGACGAACCUCACGAGCUGUGUGCACUUCACCCGCUCCGCCUGAUUCCUUCCUCACCUCGAGUACAACUUUUAACUUCCCCCUGAUGAAAUCCCCCAAAGAGGAGAAUGGGUUUUUGACAUUUCCUUGAUGGGAUCAUCUGAUUCACUAAUGUGACUGGACUCUUGAGACCUCAAUGGAGCUCAUCCAGACCACCAAAGUUUCUCUGCAGCCCUUGGAAGCUCACACAACAAAAUGGAGCAACAACUCUGUACUGCCCUACCCUCGCUAUUUUGCAUCUACUCCUUCUGAGCCUCCUUUCAGCCCCAACCUUACUGAUGGUUUUUUCUUGUUUAACAGCAGCUGUUACAACUGUACUACAUCAGACACUCUCACUGGUUUGGCUGGAAUUUUCAUCCCCCUUAUUUAUGGGAUUGUCUGCAUCGUUGGAUUGGUGGGAAACACUUUGGUCAUCCAUGUGAUUGUCAACUACACUAAGAAUGAGUCAGUCACAAAUAUUUACAUCCUCAACCUGGCCAUUGCAGAUGAGCUCUUCAUGUUGGGUCUGCCCUUCUUGGCUGUGCAGAAUGCUCUCCUGUCUUGGCCCUUCGGUUCUCUGAUGUGUCGAGUGGUCAUGACUGUUGACGCUUUCAACCAGUUCACCAGCAUCUUUUGCCUGACAGUAAUGUCGGUGGAUCGAUACCUGGCUGUCGUCCACCCCAUUCGGUCGUCCUGGUGGAGACGCCCCCGUGUGGCAAAGGCAAUCAGUGCCACGGUUUGGGGAGGGUCUUUUGUCGUGGUUCUGCCAGUUGUGGUGUUUGCAGAUGUGCUAAAGGAUGAUGGCAACUGUAGCAUUGUGUGGCCUGAGCCAGCAGAAGUGUGGAAAACGUCUUUUAUAGUGUACACCUGUACUGUCGGGUUCUUCUGCCCCCUGCUGGUCAUCUCUUUGUGCUACCUCCUGAUCAUCAUCAAGGUGAGAAGUGUUGGGAAGCGAACACAGAUGGCUUCCACCAGACGCAGGAAGUCCGAGCGUAAAAUCACCCGGAUGGUGGUGGUCGUCGUGGCGGUGUUUGUCUUUUGCUGGCUUCCUUUUUAUGCGCUGAAUGUCAUAAACCUUCUCGUAGUCCUUCCUGGAGAUUUUAGGGGGCUCUAUUAUUUCGUUGUUGUGCUUUCAUAUGCCAACAGUUGUGCCAACCCCAUCCUGUAUGGAUUUCUGUCCGACAACUUCAAGAGAGGCUUUAGGAAGGCUCUGUGCCGCACCUCACGAAGGGUGAAGAACAACGACCGGGUUUGCACCGAGGUCCAGCGACCGACAGAGGAGUGGGGAGGGAUUUUGCUCCAACCGAAAAAGAGUGACGUUGCCGCCAACGUGCAUAAGAAAAACUGUGGUGAAGGGCGAGUGGAGGAAGAAAUCCUGGGAGAAGUAGGGAACUCGCAGGGCAGGGAAAUUUAUCAGCAUUCACACAAAGGAAACCAAAGAGAGCCCCUGAAGACAGAGACUGUGCAGGGGGCUAAUCCUGACCUGACCACAGGCUUUACCCCUGAAACUGCCCCUCCCUCAACCAGCAGGCAUAAAAACCAUGAUUCCCAGCCUGAGAAGGUUGUGUACAUAAACUCUGUCCUUGACAUCAGCUAUCUCUAAUACAUCCCGAUGAUGUUUACAAGGAUGACCGAGGAGAGGAUUCUGAAUAAUUGAUCCUAUGAAAAUCCUGGGAUUUGACCAUUCACACCAGUUUGAAGUAUAUAUCAGUUUUCCAUACGUCAGUCUAUUGAUUUGAUAUUAAUAAACCAUGAAAGACUUCA